GCCUUCCUGAACUGGUCAAUUUAUCAGAAUGCAAGCUCAGUGAAGUGGGUAGUCGCUGGAGUUGUGAAAACCUUGAUCGCACCGCACAGAAGCACUGGUAGGAUUUCUAAAAUAAAUAAAUAAAUAACAUGCAAUAACAAAACCAAAGCAUAUCUAUUAAAAAGAAAAAAAAAGAAGGAAAAAACAUAAAAUACGUGAAAGGUAUAAAUAAAAAGCGACCCGUCACUGAACUAAAGUGUACCCAUUGUGUGUUUCGAAAACAGUAAUUAAAUAAGACAGGAUUGUGAAAACGCUUAACUUUUUUUCCUCUUUGGAAGACGAGUUUAAUGAAGUAAAAAGAAAAGAUAAACAUAGAAGCAACCCAUUCCAGUGGCUGUGUGAGCGUCUCUCCGCCCAAGAAAGCAGGCUUCUGAAGUGGGUAGGGAAUUUCGUCUUCAAUGAGAUGCUUUCGGGUUUAAGUUGAAGGCAUUGGAACUCAGCAGUUAAACCUGGUACAGUACUGAACUGUUGGAACAACCACAAUGUAAUGUAAAAAGGACAGAACCUCGUGGACGUUUAAGAAGGCGAGGCAUCAUAGAACAAGUCGGUGUGGUGAUUGGGUUUUGUUUUUCAAAAAUCAAAAAAUGAUUCCACCAAGCAACAUGUUAGAAGAUGCAGACACCAUAGAAAAAAACGAACAUGAGCAGACGGAGCAGCCAGAGUCACCGACAUCAACAGUAAGUCAACAGGAAUCUAAGCUCCAGAAGCUGAAGAAAUCCCUCUCCUUCAAAACCAAGAGCCUGAGGAGUAAGAGUGUUGAAAACUUUUUUCAAAGAACUAACAGUGACAUGAAGCUGCAGGUGGACUUGUUAUCCAAAGUGAGCACCAGCACUGGGCAGCUGUCCACGUCGGGGAGCCUGACCUAUUCACCCACCAAGACCCAGAAGCAAGUGGACACCAGGGCACACAGCUUCAUGGAGCACAUAUUCAAGAAGCCAACCUUCUGUGACGUAUGCAACCACAUGAUUGUUGGCACCAAUGCCAAACAUGGACUGCGCUGUAAGGCAUGCAAAAUGAGCAUCCAUCACAAAUGUGCAGACAGUGUUGGGCAACAGCGCUGCGUGGGCAAACUGCCGAAGGGAUUUCAGCGUUACUACAGCUCCCCGCUGCUCAUCCAGGAACAGUUUGGCUGUAUCAAAGCAGUGAUGCCUAUCGCCUGCAGUAGUAAGGUUGACCCAGUGUACGAGACUCUGCGCUUUGGGACCUCACUGGCACAGAAAACGAAGAGGACUGGGAGCACUGGGAGCGGGUCUGAAUCCCCUCAGCGCAACUCUACCUCUGACCUGGCUGAAGUACCUGAGGAAACAGAUGCUCAUGGCAGCCUUGUAGGCCCCACCAGGAAACGCUGUGACAGUGACAGUGUAUUUACUUCACCAGAAAAUGGAACAGAACACUUUCACACUGAACAAAAGAAGCAGGAAGACUCCCCCGCAAAACGACAACAACAUAAGGAUUUAUUACAGCAGAACACCUAUGUUGCCUUGUUCAAAUUUGUACCGCAGGACAACAAAGACUUAGAAAUGAGACCAGGGGACAGAAUUAUUCUACUAGAUGACUCUAAUGAAGACUGGUGGAAGGGUACAAUUGAAGACCGGGUUGGAUAUUUCCCAGUAAACUUUGCACACCAGGUGAAGGCAGGCGAGAAAGUUUAUAGAUGCACAAGAACUUUCAUCGGCUGCAAAGAACAAGGCCAGAUAAUACUGAAAGAGGGCCAGAUUUGCGUGGCCAACAAGGAAGAAACCAAUGGCUUUGUCAAAGUGUCCAGUGGGAAGAAGAAGGGAUUUGUGCCCUUUGAUGUCUUAGAAAACAUUUGAUGUGAUGAAGCAGAUCCUUGUGCCGAAGGAAUCAUUGCCCUCAUUCACACUGUGUCGGCAGUUCUACUGCAGACAAAAAGAAUAUCGAGGAACAUAAAAAAAGGCAACCAAAAGACAUUGCUUGUAAAAUCCUCUGAACAAAGACAAAAUCUGAAAAAUAAGAUGGACUUUCAAAACCUCCACUUAUUAGUGGUGGCUACUGUAUUGUACUGUGCUGUACUGCAUCAUUUAGGAAUGGUUUACUUAUUUCUUAACUAUCAAUAUCAGAAAGCCAAGCACAGAUGAAUGUGUGUCCAAAGUCUGGCCAUGCCUUGUUUAUAGCUAGUUCCUUACCUGUGUAGAAACUUACCUGUGUGUGAGAAUAUAAACAAAGUGUGUCUCCCUUGGCUGUCUACAUUGUAUGAAGCUUUACAGUUCUUAGGCAGCUCCUGACACCCCCUAUAUUUAAAACACCCUCUGUCUGGGCAUUUUUGUAAGGUAUAGCACUGUUUUAAAUGUGAGUUGUUGAGGUCUUGCCUAAAACGGAAUGCAUUUCUGCAACUUGGUGUUUUUGUGUAGAGCAAUUUGAUAUAGAAGUUAUGAAAUACAUAACUAAUUAGGUUAAAAAGAUUGGAAAUAAGGAGAUGGGUCUCUGCAAAAAGACUUGUACCGUAAAUGUUUAAAAAUCAUUUUUUUGAUCGGCACAUGUUUAGAUUUAAAGGAUUAUAAGCGCUAUAGCUUCAUGGCCUUGGAGCUUGAAGAAAGCAAAUAAAAUGCAAGACAAGAAAAAAAUUA